AUGGCUCCGUGCGGCUGCUGUUCAACGACGAUGGCCGACUAUGUGCUCUACGCUCUCGCUCUGGCCGCGCUCUGGCUCAUCUAUGGCGGCUUUAUCCGCUCGCUGCCUGCGUCGGCGCCUCGCCAUCCGCGCAAGGUGGCCUUUCUGCAUCCCGACCUCGGGAUUGGCGGCGCCGAAAACCUCAUCGUGAACGCCGCCGUCGCGCUGCAGUCCAAAGGCUACGUCGUGCACCUCUUCACAGCGCACCACGACAAGGGUCAUUGCUUUGAGGAGACGCGUGGCGACGGCCCACUCGCGCGCUUCGUCGUAGUGUAUGGCGACUGGCUGCCGCGGACGAUCCUCGGGCGCAUGUACGCCGCGUGCGCGUUUGUCCGCAUGCUGUACAUUACGCUGCGACUGGCGCUGCAGCAGUGGGACGCCGACGUCUUCAUCGUCGACCAAGUCGCGCUGCCCGUGCCGUUUCUGCGCGCGUUCUUGGGGCGCCCCGUGUACUUUUACGGGCACUACCCCGACAAGCUCCUCUGCACGGAUCGUUCGUCGCCCAUCAAGCAGCUGUACCGGUGGCCGCUCGACAAGCUCGAGGAAGUCACGACCUAUGCGGCCGACACGAUCGUCGUCAAUAGCAAAUUCACGGCGUCCGUCUUCCAAAGUGCGUUCCCAUCCUUGGCGUCGCGGCAGCUGAGCAUUCUGUACCCGCCCGUCAACCUCGCCGACUUUGCGUCCGCGCCGCCGCCACAUAGCGACGCGCAGCUGCAGUCGUUGCUCGCCCACAAGUGCCUCUUUGUCUCGCUCAACCGGUUUGAGCGCAAGAAGAACAUUGCGCUCGCACUGGACGCGCUCGUCGCGCUGCGCACCCGCAUCGAAGCAAACGUCUUUGCCUCAGUGCACCUCGUGAUCGCCGGCGGGUACGACCCGCUCAACGUCGAGAACGCCGAGCAUCUCCGCGAGCUUCAGGCGCACGUGGCCGCGCACGACUUGGCGUCGCAUGUGACCUUUUUGACGUCGAUUUCGAAUGCGACCAAGCUCCACCUGCUCUUGCAAGCGCGCGCGAUCCUGUAUACGCCGAGCUUUGAACACUUUGGCAUCGUGCCGGUGGAGGCCAUGGCCUGCGGCACCCCGAUCGUCGCCGCCAACACGGGCGGGCCGCUCGAGUCGAUCGUGCACGGCGUCACGGGCUUUCACUGCGCGCCGACGGGCGAAGCGUGGGGUGCUGUGCUCGCGAUGCUGGUCGAAAAUGCCAACGGUCUAUGCGCUACCCUCGGUGCUGCGGGCAAGCAGCGGGCGGCCGACCUCUUCUCGCUCGACGCGUUUGCCGAGACGCUGGACCGGGACAUGCAAGCGCUCGCCGGCAAGUCCAAGACCAACUAA